AUGGCCACCCAUAUCAUUUACUUGUUCCCCUAAAGUAGAUCAGGUUAAAGAUCACUAGACUAUCUAGACAUGCAUUUAGGUAAGGUAUAAUAUUUCUUUAAGUUUUUCUUAGCUUAGAAUCCUCCUAGAAAGGUUGAGAUAUUGUCCUUAACUGAACCUUAUUUAGUAAUCAAAUUAUUGUUUCUGUCAAUAAGAUAAUUAUUAUUCCUACUUCUGAGAUUAAAGAUAAUGAGCUUAUGUAUUAAUCUUUUAUUAUGA